UCACAUUGCCAAAUAAAGCUUAGUUUCGCUUAUGGAUGGUAAAAUGACAGAGAAAGGAGCCGCCGCCAUGGUCAUGAGAAAGGAAGAAGAACCGGCGAUCCAAAAACAGCAGCCCCCUCCAGGUUAUCCUUUCAAGGGCGCUGUAUCACCUGGAAAGAAAAAGAAGAAUUGGUCUGUGCGAAUGGGAAGCAAGGAAAAAGAUGUUGCGGGCAGUUGUUUUGUUAAUUGCUGCUGGGAGAUCAUCACUUGUUGCGGUAUAUUCCGUAGCUGCUGCAAACAGCGACCGCCUUCCGGCGAGUAGCAUCCAUACAUACAAUUGGAAUUGUGCUAGCAGCACAUCUUCUAUUGCGCGUUUCCAGUCCUCGUCUGAUCUGCACAAUGCUUUUCCAUUGGAGAUUUCUGACAUAUUUUUAUUUUCGUUCUCAAGUGAUUGUUAUUGGCACUUUAUUUAUGGUCUAUGUAUGGUUAAUUUUCAUUAUUUGUUUAUUCUCCUUUACUCCCUCCUCUUCUGUUCCUCAUCUAUAAAUAAGACUUUAGUUCUCUAUAUUGUAAGCAUACAUUCACCGAUUCACACAAAUAUGUCAAAUAGUAUGGUUUAAUAUUUAUUCCAUAUUUGUUAUUAGUAAUUGUCUUAAAUA